UCCAAGAUGGCGGAUGCGGGUGCAGCGAGCUUACCUGGGGGAGACUCGGCGCUGCCCCCGCCGCCUCCUCCUCCGCCGCCGCCGCCGCCGCCCGAGGAGCAGGAGCUGAGCCAGCGUCUCCGCCGACUCUACCCGGCCGUCAACCCAGCCGAGACGCCGCUGCCGCGUGCCUGGAGCCCCAAGGACAAGUAUAACUACAUCGGCCUCUCCCAGGGCAACCUGCGCGUCCACUACAAAGGACAUGGGAAAAAUCACAAGGAUGCUGCUUCAGUCAGGGCUACCCACCCCAUCCCUGCAGCCUGUGGAAUUUAUUAUUUUGAAGUGAAGAUAGUCAGUAAAGGUAGAGAUGGGUACAUGGGAAUAGGACUCUCUGCCCAAGGUGUCAACAUGAACAGACUUCCUGGUUGGGAUAAGCAUUCCUAUGGCUAUCAUGGUGAUGAUGGACACUCCUUCUGCUCAUCAGGGACAGGGCAGCCCUAUGGCCCCACUUUCACUACUGGCGAUGUAAUUGGCUGCUGUGUGAACCUCAUCAACAACACCUGCUUCUACACAAAGAAUGGGCACAGUUUAGGUAUAGCCUUUACAGAUCUUCCUGCCAAUCUAUAUCCCACUGUGGGGCUCCAGACACCCGGAGAGAUUGUGGAUGCCAACUUUGGGCAACAGCCAUUUGUGUUCGACAUUGAAGACUAUAUGAGAGAGUGGCGAGCAAAGAUUCAGGGCACAAUUAAAAGGUUUCCCAUAGGUGACCGGCUAGGGGAAUGGCAAGCCAUGCUACAGAACAUGGUCUCUUCCUAUCUGGUACAUCAUGGAUACUGUGCUACAGCGACUGCCUUUGCCCGUGUGACGGAAAGUACAGUCCAGGAGGAACAGAUCUCCAUAAAGAACAGACAAAGAAUACAAAAGCUGGUUUUGGCAGGAAGAGUAGGAGAAGCCAUUGAAGCAACACAGCAGCUAUAUCCAGGGCUUCUAGAGCAUAACCCUAACCUCCUAUUCAUGUUAAAGUGCCGGCAGUUUGUGGAAAUGGUGAAUGGAACGGACAGUGAAGUGCGAUUUUUCAGUGCCCGCAGCCCCAAAUCACAAGACAGCUACCCUGAUUCUCCCAAUCUGAGUCCCAGACAUGGCUCCAAUAAUUUGCACAUUCACGGCACUGGAGCAGACAGCCCAAGCUGUAGCAAUGGGGUGACCUCCAUAAAAAACAAACAGAGCCACAGUAAAUAUCCUGCACUGAGUUCGUCAUCAUCAUCCUCUUCCUCAUCAUCCCCUUCAUCCGUGAACUACUCAGAAUCCAACUCCACAGAUUCUACCAAAUCCCAGCAGCAUAGCAGCACUAGCAACCAGGAAACCAGUGACAGUGAAAUGGAGAUGGAGGCGGAGCACUACCCCAAUGGAGUCCUGGAGAAUUCAGCCACACGAAUAAUGAAUGGCACUUACAAGCAUGAAGAGAUUCUACAGACUGAUGAUUCCAGCAUGGAAGAUGGCUGUCCUCAGAGGCAACUCUGUGGAGGGAACCAUGCUGCCACCGAGCGGAUGAUCCAGUUUGGGCGGGAGCUCCAGAUCCUCAGCGAGCAGCUAUGCAGAGACUAUGGGAAGAACACAACCCACAAGAAAAUGUUACAGGAUGCAUUCAGCUUGCUGGCCUACUCUGACCCUUGGAACUGUCCGGUUGGUCAGCAGCUGGAUCCAAUCCAGAGGGAGCCUGUGUGUGCUGCACUCAAUAGCGCUAUUUUGGAGUCUCAGAACCUGCCAAAGCAGCCCCCACUGCUGCUCGCCCUGGGCCAGGCCUCGGAGUGCUUGCGACUCAUGGCUCGCGUGGGCUUGGGCUCCUGCUCCUUCGCCAGAGUGGACGACUAUUUGCACUAGCCACUGCGGGAGGCAGAGUGACUCCUCCAGGGCUGCCCUUUCACCUCUUCCUGCCUUGCGGUUUCUCACCUGCGCCCGCCCUCCGCCCGUUGCCCAGCAGAAGGACAGAGUGCUGACUGAGGCGGGAGGGGAGGAGGAGGAGGAGGAAGAGGAGGACCCUUGAUGCGCCUUCAUUGCUCGCCCUGGAAACUGCUAGCAGGGCCCCCACCCCACCCUGUCCUCCCAUCACGGCCGCAUCCUGCUCUGCCCCACAGCACUUGGCAUUUUCACUGGUCCUUCUGAUGUAGCGCCUUCUGACUUUAGGAUUUUACCUUUAUUUUAUUAUGUUAUUUUAUUUCUUUGACUGAGCCACCAGUAUUUAUACCUGGAGAGUUUGUGCUGAGCUGGUUUCUAAUUCAUUUAGAGAUAAAAGUGUAUCUGAGUUGGUGAUGGCCUGUUUUUUGUUUUAAUUUUAUUUUUAUGUUCAGAGAAACUUAUUGGCACGUGUGCUCCUUGGACAGUAUUGUUCACUGUUGCUGGUCCUCAUAAAAAACAAGAGGCUGAAUGUGCUUAUUGGAAUAUUAGCCAUGAUAUCCAAACAAAAUAGCUUAUCUUCUUUUUUUCUGUGCCUACGACACACAGACCUGAGAAACCCUAUGGAUGCACCCUGGAAAUUCACUCUGGGGAAAGAUUGAGAUUGGGAAUAAAAAAGUGCUCAGUUCAA